CCGGGUAGAACAAUUUAUUCCUACAUAGAAACACACCAGACCAACCAAUUCUGGACUCGUACAAGCGUGAUGGGAUAACCCACAAGCAUGGCGGAAGACGGGAGAGGAGAUCGAACCGCAGCGAAUUGUCAGCCCCUUCGCCGAUGCUUGCAUCGGUGAGUGUAGAUAAUCUGGCUUGAUCUUAUAUAUUGGUAUGGAAAUUUUUGUAUUUCACCGUUAAUAAUUCUCCAGGGAGGAAGGGACGAAGAAGAAGGACAAGAAGAGGAAAUCGCAGAAAGCAGAGAAAAAUGAAUGGGAGAAGGAAGAGACAGAUAGAGGAAAAUUGACUCAGCAGAAAGUGAAGGAGACGGAGAAGAGUCGCGUAGCAGAAGGGGUAGAGGCCACUCGUCGACGCUUAAGAGAAAGAGCUAAUUCCGGCUUGAAGCUCUUCAACCGGGAGAACGGAACCUGUUUUGAGAUGGCGGACUUGUUGAGUUGGAGCUUUCCGAUUGGCAGAUAUCCUGACUUCCACAGACACAUGAGCAUCACUGCUAAGCUUCCCGAAUGGGACUCUCCCAGGCGUUGUUUCCUUGAGAUUAAUGACAGUCCCCACCCAACACACUGUUUUAUCGUUCAAGUUGAUCCCGAAACAGCGAACAAUUUCUGUUCUUGUUGUCACGUAGAUUAUAAGGUCCUGCAUCCGCCCUCUGGUGGCUUUCGCAUUGGAUGGUUUGACUACCCAAAGGGUUUCACAGGACCUCGCUUCCCUCCAACAAUGAGCGCAAUGAGGAAAUUCUUUUUCAAAAAGUCACGCUUCUAGUUACAGGAGCCUCAAUCCUCGUUAAUUUAUGUUUGUACCUUAGUAUUUAUAUAUUUGUAACCUCCUCAUAGCUCUGCUAUUGUGCAAGCUCCUAUUUAUCUAUUUUGUACUCCCCUCUUAUCACUAAAAA